CGGGGGCUUGUUCCGCGGCUGCAGCCCUCUUCUCACCCACGGCCCUGGCCCUGCUACCUCAGGGGGAGCGACCAUGCUGCCUGUGGAGGAACCGAUUGUGUCCACAGAUGAGGUCAUCUUCCCACUCACUGUUUCACUGGACAGACUGCCCCCGGGGACACCCAAGGCCAAGACCCGAUCUCCUGGGGAAACCUUCCGGGGUGAGCAGAGUGCCUUCAAGGCCCAAGUGAGUACUCUGCUGACGCUGCUGCCUCCUCCGGUUCUGAAAUGCCGGCAGUUCACUGUGGCUGGAAAACACUUGACCGUUCUUAAGGUGCUGAACAGCUCCUCCCAGGAGGAGAUCUCUAUCUGGGAUAUCAGAAUCCUCCCCAACUUCAAUGCCAGUUAUCUACCUGUCAUGCCCGAUGGUUCUGUGCUGCUGGUGGACAAUGUCUGUCAUCAGUCUGGUGAAGUCUCCAUGGCCUCCUUCUGCCGGCUUCCUGGUACCUCUGGCUGCUUCCCCUGCCCACUUAAUGCCCUGGAGGAACACAACUUCUUGUUUCAGCUGAGAGCGGGGGAGCAGCCCCCUCCAGGGGCCAAGGAGGGCCUCGAAGUUCCCUUGAUUGCUGUGGUUCAGUGGUCUACCCCAAAACUGCCCUUCACCCAGAGCAUCUACACCCACUACCGCCUGCCCAGUGUCCGCCUGGACCGCCCUUGCUUUGUGAUGACUGCUUCUUGUGAGUCCCCUGUUCGGACCUAUGAGCGGUUCACUGUCACCUACACGCUGCUCAACAAUCUCCAAGACUUCCUUGCUGUGAGGCUUGUGUGGACCCCGGAGCAUGCCCAGGCUGGAAAGCAGCUGUGUGAGGAGGAGCGCCGGGCCAUGCAAGCAGCCUUGGAUUCCAUCGUCUGCCACACACCCCUCAACAACCUUGGCUUUUCACGGAAGGGCAGUGCACUUACCUUCAGUGUGGCCUUCCAGGCUCUGAGGUCGGGGCUGUUUGAGCUGAGCCAGCACAUGAAGCUGAAGCUGCAGUUCACUGCCAGUGUGUCCCACCCUCCACCUGAGGCCCGGCCCCUCUCUCGAAAGAGCAGCCCCAGCAGCCCUGCAGUCCGGGACCUGGUGGAGAGGCACCAGGCCAGCCUGGGCCGCUCCCAGUCCUUCUCCCACCAACAGCCUUCCCGCAGCCACCUCAUGAGGUCGGGCAGUGUGAUGGAGCGCAGGGCCAUCACGCCCCCUGUGGCCUCCCCUGUCGGCCGUCCCCUCUACUUGCCUCCAGACAAGGCUGUGCUGUCUCUGGACAAGAUUGCCAAGCGCGAGUGCAAAGUCCUGGUGGUGGAGCCUGUCAAGUAGCACAGCGCUGCUCUGCUCCCUGUUUGCUCUAGGAACCCAAAGCCCCUGGUGGGCUUCUUGCUCCCAGGCUGUGCCUCCCCUAGGACACCUCCUGCUGUGGGUGAAGAGGCCCAGCAGGGCCACCUGUCUGUGUCUGCUGAUGAGGGACAAGGGCAGAAGCUGUGAAAUGGGUGGCGUGGCUGCAGUGCUAGGCCAACAGUAUUUCCGAGUUCCUCUGGGGGGGGCUGGCCCCACCCCAGGAAGAGCAAGGGCUCCAAGAGCUCCCUUGCCCCCACCCUUGUCCUUUGUUAAGUUUACAGAGUAUUUUCCUCAUUCCUGUUAUGUUCCAUCUGCCUCCAACAUUCCCUCCCUCCCUCCCACCAGCCCAGUGCUGAGAUUAGAGGGUGGUGAUAGUAAAGGGACCUCGACAAUGAUCCUCCUGUCUCAGGUUGGGAGAUAGCUAGGUGGCCUCCUUCUGCCCCUCAUGUUUACGUUGGUGGCCCAAAGCACUUUAAGUUGUGUCCUUUUGGGGGGGGACCUCUGUUCCUGUAACUUAUUCUGCAACUACAGCUUCCAACUGAAAUAAGACUAUUAAAUGCUUGUUCAGGAGGGAAGAUGGCUGCUGUGUGUGUGUUGAUGAAAGGAACAGACAACAGGAGCUCAGGAUUUUUCCCCUCUGCAUGCACCCAAAUAGCUCCCUUCCUGGCCCUGCUUUACCGGUUCUGUUUUAUUUUAUUUUUUUAUUUUUUGGUACUGGGGCUCGAACUCAGGCCCUUGCAUUUGUGAGACAGGUGUCAGAACCACUGAAUGAAAUCCCUGGCCUCCAGUUCCCAGUUUUAUAAUGGCGGUAGCCCUGUCCCAUUCAUUCCAGGCUGAAUAUACUGUUUUCACAGAAGUUGGCAGAAACACGAAGGUGAAAAGCACGCCCUCCCAGCACAGCACCCCCUCUGUACAAACAUCCCUGAGCCUGAGUCACAUCAGAUUGAUGCUUGUUUAUUAAGGGGAUAUAGGGGAGGAAAAGAGGGAUCCCUUUGCCCAAGUUCUUUUUAACAUAGCACAAAAUCCCGUAAAGG